UGCGCAUGUGCGUUGUCACUUCCGCGUUCCUCACGUAGCAACAGCAGCAGAGCCAAAAUGGCGACCGGCGGAGAUCCUGUGUGACACCGAACCGAGUCCCAACACCGAACCCCGCGGUUUCCGGACACCGGCAUCAGCGCCAUGGCCUCCGCUAACGGGCGGCUGGGUCAGCACGUCCUGGCAGUGCUGGAUGUAGUUCUGCGGGUCCCGAGCGUCUUUAUAAUCGACGCCCUAUUCAACUCGUACUCCGACCCCGGUACCGGAUGGACCGGAGCCACCGGGAGAGCGUUAAUCCGCGCGCUGGGUAUUCUGGUUUCCAGUGUGGUUCUGGUGCUUUCUCAGAAGUCCCUGUUCAAGUUCUACACUCUGUUCGUGGCCGUUCUGCUGGGCACCGCUUCAGUCCUCAUCAACUACUACGGCACAUCUCACAUUGACUUCUACAGCGCGUAUAACCGAGCGGCGCUGGGCUUCGGGCUGCUGCCGCGCAGUGGAGCCACACUGUGGCUGGGCCUGGCGCUGCUGCAGCUGCUGCUGGGACUGGGCUACGUGGCACUUCUGAACGUGCAGUCGCUCUGCGCCGCGCUGGUGGUGCUGGACAUCAUGGCCCCGCUGUGCGGGCUGAUGCUGGAGCUCCCGGCGCACAUGCGUCAAGCGCUAGCGCUAGCGUCAGGGGCAGUUCUCGCUGCACACGCGGCCGUUAAUCUUCUGUGGAAGCUCAAGUGGUUCUACUACUCGUGCCGUUAUGUCUAUCUACUCCUGCGCCACAUGUACCGCAUCUACGGCCUGCAGCUGCUGCUGGAGGACACCUGGAAACGUAUUCGCUUCCCCGACAUCCUGCGCGUCUUUUGGCUAACGCGCAUGACGGCGCAAGCUAUCAUCCUAGUGUACGUAGUGCGCGUGGUCCGCUCAGAAAGCGGCCUGCAGCUCGGUUGGGACUUGUUUUGGGACUUAACCAGCAACUUGAUCAUCAGCGGCUGCGAUUCAACGCUCACCGUGUUGGGUAUGAGCGCAGUUAUCUCGUCACUCGCGCAUUACUUGGGACUUAGCAUCUUAGCAUUCAUCGGCUCAACCGAGGAGGAAGAUAAGCGACUGGGGUUUGUUGCACCUGUGCUGUUCUUCAUCCUAGCCUUGCAGACGGGACUAAGUGGACUGGAUCCUGAGGAGCGACUGAUCCGGCUUAGCCGGAAUAUGUGCCUUCUGCUAACGGCAAUUCUACAUUUUAUCCAUGGAAUGACAGAUCCGGUGCUCAUGUCGCUAAGUGCUUCACACGUCUCCUCAGUGCGCAGACAUGUUCCCGUCCUGCUGGUGUCGCUAGCCCUGUUUGCGCUGCCCAUCCUGCUCAGUUACAUUCUGUGGCAUCACUACGUGCUAAACACGUGGCUCUUCGCCGUCACCGCAUUCUGCGUGGAGCUCUGUCUCAAAGUCCUCGUCUCGCUCACCGUCUACGCUCUGUUCAUGAUCGACGGCUUCUACAAUGUGCUCUGGGAGAAGCUGGACGACUACGUUUACUACGUGCGCUCCACCGGCAACGUCAUAGAGUUCGUCUUCGGCGUAAUCAUGUUCGGAAACGGGGCGUAUACGAUGAUGUUCGAGUCUGGAAGUAAGAUCCGCGCUUGCAUGAUGUGCCUGCACGCGUAUUUCAACAUCUACCUGCAGGCGAGGAACGGCUGGAAGACGUUUAUCAAUCGUCGCACCGCCGUCAAGAAGAUCAACUCGCUCCCGGAGGUCAAAGGUGCACAGCUGAGGGAGAUCGAGGAUGUUUGCGCGAUCUGCUAUCAGGAGUUUGCCACGUCCGCGCGCAUUACUCCGUGCCACCACUAUUUCCACGCACUGUGUUUGCGCAAGUGGCUGUACAUUCAAGACACGUGUCCCAUGUGCCACCAGCGCGUCUACAUCGAGGACGACGGAAACGAGCACACUACGUUCUCUAACAACAACGGAUACGCCGCUCAGGGACAGGAGAGGGCGGAGUUUGAGGAGGAGGAGGAGGGUGGGGCUAAUGCAGAUAUGGCCGCCGGAGGGGCGGAGCCUGAGAACGAUCUUCUGGAGGACAACGACAGCAUCGAGUACGACGAGGAGGAGUGGGGGACACAUCCGGGCGCGACGCUCGUAGAAGAAGAGUACAUUAAUGACGACACGGACUCCAACUGAAGCUGCGCAGAUAUUUAAAUAAAUAAAAAAAAAGUUUUUUUGCGAGAUCAGGGACGUUAUGCUUUUUAAUUUUUUUUGUGUUCUUAUAAAAGGGCUGAUCUUGUGUUUUUCCUGAUCAUGUCUGGCUGAACGAUAAAGAGUGACGUGCUACUGUAAUCGCAGUAUACCUCGAUAUGAUCACUACUGGUCUCUUGAGUGACCUCUCUUAUAGUUGUGUACAUUAUUGUACAUGUAAUAAAAGAUUGAUACACUGACGUUUGACAGUUGUCCACUGGAGAAAGCUGAAUCAGCUGUUAAUCUCAGUUUGACUGAUCUAUAUUACGCUCUCCAGCAACAUCCUUCAGCUCUCCUCAGUAUCUGAUAGUAUCAUACGGUGUUGCUCUUUAACCUGCCAGGCACAUUUUACAAUGCAAUUAACACGUUUCAACAAAACACAGCAUUUGGUUUUUCUGAUUUCUUGUGUUUUUGUUGGAUGCAGUAACUCCAUGAUCAGAUGUGUGUUUGAUUUCAGGUUAAACUGUUGAUUUGCCAAGAGGACUGAUGUAAAUAAAUCACCUGCUUUAGUUCUUUUGUAAAUAAAAUGAUUAAGAUAAAGUUCUAUGUUCGAAGUGAUCUGGAACUUUGCACUUGAUUAUAUUUUUUGAA